UUCUUCUCAGGGAUCAUUGCCGCGGCAUUCUAUCGUAAUUCCACCUAUCGAGAUUCUAAGCUACGCUGCUAAGAUAUUGUACCUAACCUAAUGAUCCCGCUAUAAUGAAGCUUGCCUUGCUAAAAUAGCUUAUCUACGGUGAACUGAUGUGCUAGGUUAGGCUAGGUAGUUAAAAUACUUGCCGGUGACGUCGAAUUUGUCCUUGUUCGUUGUAGACCUUGAAGAAGACGAAUGCGAAAAACGGAGGCAGAAAACAUCCAUCGGAUAUUAUUAGGCCGAAGAGGGAUACCCGAUUGGAAUUACCUAGGUUAAGUUAAGUUCAAGUUGUUAAAGUUGUAAUACCAACUACCUGGUAGCUGUCUUUCUCUAACUUGGCUUCAUUCGUUUGUCCUGUUUCGCGCAAUUAAAUCAAAUAUGUCAAAACUCUCAUCGUCCCUCAAGGCGCUCAUAUUACAUGCCGGACAUGCACGAGCGGGCUAUACUCCCUCAUCGGCUAGCGUGCAGACUGCUUUGACCAAGUUCGCAAAGGAUGCGGCAGAGAAGAAAGUUGGAUUACCGGCUUGGGUGACUUUGUCGACAGCCGUGUCGGCAACGUUAAACUGCCACGAAGCCAUGACCCAGAUCUUCCACCUAGCCAACUCGACCGCGACCCCCAACGAGCAGCGCACGCCCGUCCAGAACGCCGAGCUGAUCCGCGAAGUCGCGCUCAAGUGUAUCUCUUUCAACGGCAUCCCGCGCAGCAUCAACACGUUGAACGCGUUCCGCGCUAGCCUACCCCACGACGUAGCCUCGUCGCUGAGCACAACCCCGACGCGCGAGCUGACGCCGUCUAACCUCGAAACCCGCAAACGCGACGGCCUCGCCCUCUGGGAUAGCGUCUACGUCGGCUUCGAGCGCAAGCUGCUCGACAAGCUAGCCCAGUCGCACCCGGAUCUCCCCGUUCAUAUUCUCAACGGCCACUACUCCAACUUGCUGUCGAACCCGCGCGACGUGGACGCUCCCGUGAAGGUCGGCCGUGUGCUCACGUCGCUCGUAGCUAUCGCGUGCUUGCGCGCGCAGACAGGUGUUGGACCUCAGGUCGUUUCUCAUAUCUUUGGUCUAAGGAAGGCGUACGAAAACGGUGACGCGCACGCUGAAGGCGAAGAGCCUGUCGAGGGCGGCGCAUGGCUGGCUACUGAAGACGGUAAUUUCUGGAUAUUGGAGAACAUCGAUAAGUUGGUCCAUGAGAUCAGUAACGGCGAGGGAACUACAUUUGCGCCAGGGUUUCGUGCGAAAUUAUAAGGAAUGGACGCAUAGAUAAUACGCCGGUCGAUGGUACGAUCAUCGAGAAGGGUUUGGAUGUAUAAAUGAAUUUGCGAAUUUGUAUAUAAGAAAGAGUAAGAGCCUAGGAGCUUAAAUAGAGUCAAUAUUGUUACGUGGCUAUAUUUCACAUAAGCCUGAGAGAUAGAUGACCGUCAAAGAUGUACA